GGUGGUUGUCAGUGACGCUCCCGAACGGUCGUCAGGGUUCUCUGAGUUGGUGGUUUAUGUGAUUCUGGCCGAGAGGCCAGGCGCCUGCUAGGUCACCGCCGGAGGUGGGAGACUGGUUCAUUCGUGUAUUUGGAACAGAACUCUGCUCAAGAUACUAAAGAAAGGGCAGCUAACUCUUCUACUGGCAUCUCGAAAGGAAAUAAUUUUCCAACUACUUAGGAUUAGAAGACCAGCUCAUUCAGAGAGUUUUCUGAAGAAAAGUUAGAAUGGAUUGGGAAGAUGAUUAUUCCCAUAAUUCUUUUGACUUUCAUUGUUUGUUAAAUUCAUUUCCUGGAGACUUGGAGUUUAAGCAGAUCUUCAGUGACAUCGAUGAAAAGAUAGAACAAAAUGCUACAAGUAUAGAGCACUGCAUUAAAGAAAUACAGUCUCAAGUUAACAAACAUUGUCCAGAUGUGCAGCUGCAAACAACAACUGACUGUUUUGAAUGGCUAAAUAACUGUAACUAUAACUCAUCCAAGUCAACUUCUAUUCCUCAUGGAGAUUUGAUGAAAUUCCUCAAAACACUGCAAGAUUUGUUGAACAAUGAGCUAAAUCAAGAAGAAAUGGUAUUGGACUUACUUUGGGACCUCUCCUGCAAGAGCAGCGUUUCAUUCCCAUCAACCCUAAGUGGAACAUCAUUCCAUUUCCUCUCUAGAACUUCUCUUCAUUCUGUUGAAGAUCAUUCUUCUAUGAAUGUAAAGUCUAUAUGGGAUGAUAUAAGAUUACAUCUUCGACGCUUCUUAGUGAGCAGAUUACAAAGUGUUAAUGAAAUAAGCAAUUCACAGCAAAAUAUUUUGUUGAAAAAUCAGUGCAUACAACAACUCUUGUUUCUCUAUCCAGAAUCAGAAGUUAUAGUCAAAUACCAAAACAUACAGAAUAAACUGUUGGCUAAACUUCUGCAGAACUGUUUUCCUUCUUACAGCAGAGAAUCAGAUUUAGACAUAAUGAUUCAUGGAUACCAAAGUACAAUGCUUAAGUUAUACUCAAUGAUAAAAGAUGAUUUUAAUAUGCUGCGUGAAAUUUUAGCUCCAUCCUCAACGGUGAAAUUCAUUAAAGAAACUUACCUGGAUACUGUUACAGAAGAAAUGGCAAAAUUUCUUGAAAAUUUUUGUGAGCUGCAGUUCAGAGAAAGUGCUGUCCGUGUGAUUAAAACAAGCAAGAGCUCCAGCAGGCAUAGAGGAGCAGUGCAUGCAUUGGUUACUCCUGAAUGUCCACAGAAAGGAAACUUUUCCCUCUCUUUAGAUGAACUCAAAUUCUUGUCACAGCUCAUAAAAUCCUUUUUGAAGCUGGAAAAAAAUGUUCAAGAAUUGUUUGAAGAACUGUUUUUAUCACUCAGGAAUACUUCAGGAAUUUUGGAGACAUUCAAUAGACAAGUUGUGAUAGAGAAACCUGAAGCAAAUGAAACCAGUAUCCCUUCAGAGCAAUUGCUGCCAGUACAAGAGGCUACUUUACUAGACUUUGGCUGGAGAAAUGCAUUUAAAGAAGUUUCUCGUCCUCUGGCACAUUGCAUAACCACAGUAGUUGAAGAUUUUUCUACAACAAUUCUCCAACAGGAACAGAAUGAAAGGUGUUCAACUGAGAGCUAUGCUAUGAAUCUUGUAAAUGUUCAGCAAAUUUGGCAAGCUAGCCAUGUGGUUCCUGAGGAGGACCAACCAAAGAAAACUGCAAAGUUUUGUUCUGACAUCAUGGAAAAACUUGACACAAUGCUUCCACUGGCUCUGGCAUGCAGAGAUGAUUCUUUUCAGGAAAUUAGAGCAAACUUUGUGGAGGCCUGUUGUAAAGUGGCAACAGCUGUCCUGGCAAGACUGCAAGAGAGACACAAGGAGUUUCCUUCCAAAGCACCUCUGAGAAACUUGCACACCCUGCUUUCCACGGCAGUGUAUGUCUUCCAGCAUUUUACACAAUAUGAUAAUUUGAUGAAAGAAAAUACUAAGAAACCCAUAUUCCUGGUGCCUGUCCAACGAUAUCAGGAAUUCAUCAGCACUCUACAGUUUCAGGUUACGGACUAUUGCGUCAGAGUCUGUGCUACAUGCAUUUUACAGGACGCUGAGAGCCACCACUGGGAUGACUACAAAGCUUUCUAUGAGGGGGAAAGAUGCUCCUUCUCACUCCAGAUGUGGCAUUAUUUCUUCUGGGCUCUUCAUCACGAUCUCUGGACCAUUCUGCCUGCUAAGUUAGCCCAGGAUAUUCUAGCAGAAGUGCUGGAGAAGUCUUUGCAUCUACUGGCCUCCAGAUAUGCUCGAGUCCAUCCCAGUUAUAAAAGAACUCCACAGAUAAGACUUGAUAUCACAACAAUUUUAAUAUGCACUGAAAACAUGCUCUGGUCAAUUUGCACAUCAGUACAGAAGCUUUUGAAUCCUCAUGAGUAUAUAGAUGAUAAAAUUUUUAAAAUUCAUAUCCAUUGUAAUAAUCUGUUUACAACAUUAGUAAUUUUGACUUCACCAUUAACUGAAUUAUAUCAGACUUUUCAGCAUGGCAUGAAAGAUUCUGCUUCAGAUUCCUUAAAACCUUUUUUCAAGGAACCAUUACAUUGGUUUUCUUGCAUAUCACAUUUCUACCCUUCUUUACUCAGGACUCCAUCAGCUGGACAACUUACAGUGGAGGGUCAGUUGAAACUGCUCUUAUCCCAGCCAGGUUGUAAUUGGAACCUGCUUUUGGAAACCCUUCUGCAUUGUGAUGGUCUUUUACUGAGAAUAUUGCUGAAGAACUCAAGUGAGUCUUUUCAAGAACAACUUUCUGAUACAGAAAAUGAUCUGAACCAAGGAUGCAGCUUGGUGGAAAGCAUCUUUAAAGUAUUACACCAUUGCCAUUUUUCUCCACAUACAUUUGGAAAUGUUUUUGUGAGUUACAUGGAAGAAGAACAAUUAUGGGACUUUUUAUAUAACAUUCCAGUCUCAACAUGUAUGGAGUCUGAGCUAGAGGUAAUCCGAUGCUUGAGACUGGCACUGACUGAUGCUGUCAAGGACGUUGUACAGCAGAUAAUAUCUCUGAUGAACUCGGGGAGAAACUGUGAGCCAAACCUAAACAAGACCAGUGUUCCUGAACGUUUGUGUGAGAGCAUUCCAAAAGAAUGGAAUUAUAUUCCAGAAGAAGCAAAAAAGAAAGAAUCAAGCAAAGGCUUCACAAGGCUUGCUGCUCAGGCAGUAUCUAUUGUAAUCAGCAAGUUACCUACGGUGAUUGCAUGUUUGCCUCCCCCAAUUAAAUACUUCUUUUUUCUGUCUGAGAGAAAAAUGUCAGAAAACUUCGCUGAAUUGAAGAAAGCUGGCCUGCUUGUCUGGAACUUGAUUGUAAUUAUAUGUCGGAUAUUUGAGGAUGGAAACACUGUGGAACUUUUAACAGGUGCCUCCCUUGACAGAUGGAGUGAAGAGAAACUCGGUUUAAUCUCUGUGUGUUUGGAAAGCAUCAUGGGAGAGCAGACAAGUAGCCCUAAUCCAAUGACCCAAAAGGUCAUUCAGAGCAUUGAGCAGCAAAAACCCAACUGGAUUGAAUGUCAAUUGUUGAAAGCAAAGAAAUUGAGCUCCAAAUGUGCAUUUAUGACAAUAGAGAACAGCACAGCCUUACAAGAAGGAGAUACUGUUCUCGAACUGACUGAGCAGAAAAUAAACAUGAUGGUCCUGGAUAUCUGCCACAAACCAGGUGGCUGCGAGUACCUGCGGCAAAUUUAUCACAUCAUGCGGCUCAAUGAGGAAUAUUUAAAAGAACAGCUGUUUUCUAUGAAUGGUUCAGAGGAAAAGCCAUUACCUAUCCGACCUUUAAAUAUGACCUUGAGGAGUGUGAAAGAUCAGCCUUCUGCCUUUAACCCUUUCCAUGUGUACAAGGCGUUUAGUGAAAACAUGCUAGAUCAGUCAGCCAUCACAAAAUGGAACUGGGAUUGGUCAAACUUGCUGCCAAAAUAUCUGGAACUGGAUAAGAUGACCUUCAGUGUCCUGCUCAGGAACAGGUGGGAAAUGAGGAAGGAUGAAAGACUAGAAGAGGAAGAAAAAGUAAUGCUGGAACAUUUAAAACAAAUUUGCACCAUCCAGAAAUCUUCUGCCUCAGAUAACACAGAGGAACAGCAAUCUCCAUAAAACAGCAACAGCUUUAUUUUAGGAAAUAAUCACAUGUAAUGGAGUAGGAUUUUUACUAGAGUCAGAAUGAACCUCAAAUGUGCUGUGAAGCAUGAAACCAGUGACUGAGUAAUCUCUGAACUGAAAAGGAAUACAGCAUGUAAAGUGCUACAUAUCUUUUAUUUUAAAAAUAGUCUCAAUUUUUUUUCCCCUCAAUCUUUCUCUUGAUAUAACUGCUGCCAUCUCGUGUUCCCUUUGAAUUAUUAUUUUUUUUCUUUCAGUCUUAAAGUGUCUGUGAAAAUACAUAAAAUGCUUGGAAAUCUUUUCCCUAAGGAUUUUUAAUUGCAACAUUUAGAUGUUAAGUUGAAUGGAGUCACAUAGCCCCCUGAGGGUCAUCUAAUAAUUUCAAUUUAAUUUCGUAGCUACAGCCCGAGUCAGGUCUUAACUGCCUUUAAUACCCACCAUUAUACCAGCCUCCUUUCCCAUAGCCUCUUCCUCUUCCAACUUAGCUUAAUCAUAGCCACAGAAAGCACUCUCCUGAAGUAUAACUUUAGUCUUACCUCUGCCUCGAGUGGUUUUUGAAACACCAGAUCCAAAUUUCCAAUCAUGCUUUUAGAUCCUGCACCCAAAGUCUCCAUGUUCAGGCAACUCUCUAUCAUCAUCUUGGCUCAAGCCAUACACAUCAUCUUUUCCAACCAGAAACCAUCUUGAUCCCAAAAUAUAUUCAAUACUUACUUCACCAAUAUCUACUCCACAGCUCAUUAUCCAGUCUUAGUUAAUUCUCUUAUUUCUAUUACAUUAACACACACACAUAGUGUGUGUGGAAAUAGAACACAUUCUAGCACCCUCUAUGCCAAGUAGUUGUAUGUACUCUUUUUCCUGUCAGUGCCUGAUGUUAGAUUAUAAAGACCUUGAAGGCCUUGCAAUAUGGUAUGAAGCCUUCCUUCAUGACGAUAGUCUCCCCAGAUAUCUGCUACAGAGUUAUUCAUCUAGUGGGCAGUCAGUAAACAUAGUUGUUUGAACAGCCAACAAUGAAAGAAGACAACAAAGACAAUCAGACUAUGGAGUAAUCUACAGGACAUCUGGGAGAAGCUGUAUAUCAUCAACUGUAUUAAAACCAUGACAUCAAACAUCAUGGUUUCUGAUGUUCUCAGAAUGUCCAUCUUCCCACAUUCUGUGAUUUUUAUAAAUCAUGUCAUGUGUAGGUGACAUGAUUUCCAAACUAAAGUACUUACACAUUUUUCAAAGAGUAAUAGUUUAGAGUGCAGAGGAAGCCACCUUAGAAAAUCCCUUGCAUUAUUUCUUUACAUAAAACCACAGAAAUGGCUAUACAGCCAGUUGCCUGCCAAAUAACACAUUUUAUUUUUAAAUAAUGUAUUUUAGGUGGCCAGUAUAACCAUGAAACAAGUGUUUUAAGACAUGAUUAAAAUAAUUUCUAAAAACUCUAAGCAGACUAUUCAAAAAAUUUUAAGAAUUUUUUUUAAGAUUUGGACUUUCCACCUAAUCCUACCUAUAAAGAGUUAAUAAUCAACAUAAGGCAACAACUGACUUUAUUCCUUCAGUUUAGUGAUGGUCUAUGUACUAAAUCUGCAUAACUGUGUUUUAUUAGAAUGGACACUAAAAUACUGCCAAAGUCAAAAUAAAAGUAAACUGAUUCAAUAAACUAAAUAAAAUAAUCAUACAGGAUUUCACAUUUGGGUUCUUUGUCUUCUAAUAUAUCUAAAAGUCAUCUUUAAAUGCCAUUUUUUAAUUGAAUCUGUACAUUUCUACAUUAAUCCUGGUAAGUGAUUCAGUUCCUCUAGAAAGAAAUCUCUAGGGCUCCAUUUGAAAGGAAGGAAGUAUAUGGUGAGGGAAGAAGGGGAGAAGUGGGAAAGAGAGAAAAGCAAAAAAGAAGAGCUUGCAGUUGAAUUCUCUUCUCUACUUGCUCAGUGAAAUUACUGUAGUGCGAUAAAAUUUAUAACUGGGAAUGUUAAAUGACAAGUCAUUAAAUUAUCAGAUCAUUUUGACUUUAUAUUCAAUAUAAUUUCUUAAAAUAGGAUAAGAAGUGGUUAUUUCAAAACAGUUAUUCUAAUAUUUUAUUACUCCACAUAUGCUGAUCACAAUAUUAUCUUUCUAUAAAUAUAAUCUAUGUUCUGUUUAACUGUAUAUUCAUGAAAUUAUAAGCAGGUAUCUAUUUCAUUAUUGGCUUAAUAGUUACACUGUGGAAACAGUAUGAAUUAUUAAUAAAAUCUAGAUGAUAAUGUGUAUUUGUGAGCAAGAGUAAUACCAUCUUGUCAAAUCCACCAUGUUGACUGUUGAAUCGCCCUUACAAAUCCCAUGAACACACAAGUACAGAUCUUAGAUAAUAUCCAGACUGAAACAGUAUUUUUGUGUCCUCUGAGGCAGGACUCCUUGCUCUAUUCAGUGAUAGUAGUCUGACGCCAGCCCCUACUCCUCUGAGCGCACAAGUGGGUGCCUGCAUGGAGGCCUUCCUCCUUGCCUCUAUAAAUUAGUCUCCCUAAACACGAGGCAGUGCAGAGACCUAUGUGUCCUGUGGCUGCCCAGGGCAAGCUUCUGUAUGUAAGAUCCCCUCAAUAAACCUCUACU